AUGUAUGCAGCGCUUUCAUUUUUGGCCAUAAUCAAUAUUGUAAGUUCACUGAAACGCAUUGAUAAAUAAUAUUUUACUGCAGAGCUGUACUGCUGACAUCUUCAUCUUCUGGGGUUAUCCGACCGAUGGAAUUGACGGAUGUAUGAACACGACUUCUGAUUCGUUUGAUGCAUGUGUCACGGCCUGCACGAACUCUUCUCUUUACAUGGUAACUGCCCGAAAAAUGUAAAAUUCCAAAUCGAAAAGGUUUCAGUUAGCAUACGGAAACGAUGACUAUUGCAUGUUGUGCAUGUUCACAGUUUCCACAAUCGCUCAAUCGGACAAAGCAAACGGAGUGAAAACUGCAAUAAAGCUAAGCGAUCCGACUGAUGGCUGUCCGACCAAAAUGCAAUCAGAGACAUACUCCGGCAUUGUAAGGCAUUUGAAGUUCCCCAAACUGUUUCAUUCAAUUCAGGCCAACAACAACUCCUAUAAUGUCUCGUAUUCUAACGGAUACUGGCAAAUAACUUACGGUAAGACUCGAAGGUGACAGGUUUAAAUUUAGCGAUUUCACAGAAAACAAGUCAUGCAUCGAUAGCACGUGGACCAAGUUUUAUAGACCAGCUGGACAGUUUUGUCUGAAGGUACUGUGUUCAUGAUCUUCUCAGAAUAUUCUUAGCAUGCAAUAUAAUAAGGUGUUGGGAUCGUCUGCUCUUAUCGAUCGGGACUCUUCGGUGACACAAUGUACUGCGUACAAUGCAUCUCUUGCUGGUAUUCAGUCACAAGACGAAAUGGAUUUCAUAAUUGGUUUCUAGUCAAUUUCAUGAGUAUUCUUAAUAACCGUUUUCAGCUCAAUCUGAGAGCCUUUCUGGAAAUCUCUCUCAAUACUUGUACACUGCCAUGUGGAUAGCUGGAGUCCGUCCGAACAGUUGCAACACAGCCAAUGCCGAAACGACUGUUGCGAGUUGUGCCGGUUUGGGAGUGAGAAAGAAUUAACAAACUGUUAAUCAAUCUGAUUGUUUCUUUUUCAGUCAUUCGUCUUCAAUGAUCCCUACAUGACCUCCUACAGCAUGCUAAACUUCGCGCCCGGAUUCCCAGACAGUGUCGUCGAUCGGGGAAUUCGCAGAAAUUGCAUCCAACUCUACAUGGCCCAGUCGCAAAGUGCUUGGCAAGGAAUGAUUGGGGACGCUGUGUCAGUUGCGGAGACAAUUUGUUCAUUUUUGUAAGACAUUCCAAUUCAGAUGUGGUUAUGCGUGCAAUUCGAACAGCACCGUCUGCGCAACUACUUAUCUGUGUGGAGCUGCCGCAACUUGA